AUAAUACGUAGUAUAUUUUUGGUGGUGUGAUGAACCAAUGAACUAGGGACAAGUAGUACACCGAAGUGUCAUUUUGCCAGCAAAGUAACGUUCAGAUAUAAAAGCCUCAGCAGCUCAUAGUGUUUCGUAGCUUCGCAAAAUCCAAGAUCCACAACUCUUCCUCAAGUCUCGACAUCCUGGACCAAAUCUCGACAAUCCCAUUUGUAGAAACCCAAUACACAUCUCAUUUUCUAGGUGCUUGAGUGCUUUCUCAUGCCAAUAAACGUAAUGGGGAGUUGGUGAGUGUAUCCGGCUUUGAAGAAAGUGAGACAAGUGAUGUAAUAAUGGCUGAAGAUGCGGGAAGAGAAGAUAUGUUUGUGGACUGUCCAGAUGAGAUAACUCCUGAUACCCCACCACAGAAAAUGGUUGAAAAAUAUUAUGUACACAACACUGAGUUUAAAGAACCAAGUAAUGAGACGGAAACACAAUCUUUGAAGGCUGAGACAGAAGAGUUUAAAGAACCAAGUAAUGAGACGGAAACACAAUCUUUGAAGGCUGAGACAGAAGAGUUUAAAGAACCAAGUAAUGAGACGGAAACACAAUCUUUGAAGGCCGAGACAGAAGACUUGCAGACGUCUAUUGCUGCUGAAGAUAACUUCACACAAGAAUAUGAGGAGGAAAGAGCUGUACUUGUGAGAGAACUGGCUCAUCUUCGUAACCAACUCAAGUCCCUUAAUGAGGAUCAAUCAUCAGUUAAUACAAAUGACAACGUAUUGGUUAAAGAUCAUCAAACUAAUUCAGAUUUAGCAUCCACUGCAUCUUUGCGUGAGAUGAUAUCUGAUUGCUGCAAUUUUCUUAAAGAUGCUAUGUAUGAACGCUCUCAUACUGAGACCAGGAUAAGGGAACUCGAUAGACUUUUACACAUGAAGGAUCAUGAAAUUGAGGUUCUCAAUACAAAGGCUACUGAGUUCUCUGUAUUGAAGGAUGUUGCUCUUUCUCAUUUGAAUUCUGAACAAGAGGAUUCUUUACGCAUGUCUGAAGUCCAACAUGAGACAGAGCAGAAAGUUGGGGAAAUUGCAAACGGGAUUUUAGCUUCUUUGGCAAUGCUAGCCCAUCAAGAAGAAUUACCAGAUGAAUCUGUUUUGGGGAAAAUGUCUCAUGUCCAAAAACAAAUUGAUAUAUUAGUUGAGAAGCAUAAGUUCUUCCUUUCUCAAAUUGACCAAGUUAGAUGUUGUUUGGCUGAAGUUGUGCCAGACCUUACUGUACAGGAUGAAAUGGGAAUAUUUGUUGUUGCACGUGAAAAGCUGAUUGAAUUAAAAACAGCAGUAAACUUGUCCCAAAGCCUUAGUCAUUUAGGUGAUGAAAAUAGAAAUCUGAUGGAAGAACUUGAUAAACACAAAGCAAUGCUUGAGAAUGCGAAUUCAGAAAUUGUCAAGCUGAAUGUUGAAGCUGAACAGGAGAAGACAAGGUAUACUAACACCAAAGAGAAGCUUAGCUUGGCUGUGACAAAAGGAAAAGCAUUAGUUCAGCAGCGUGAUGCACUGAAACAAUCACUGGCUGAGAAAACAAGUGAGCUAGACAAAUGCUUGGUUGAAUUGCAAGAAAAGUCUAAUGCUCUAGAGGCUGCAGAACAAACCAAGGAAUUGUUGGUAAGAAGCAAUGAGUUAGCUACUUCACUGCAGGAUGCCCUCUCUGAAAAGGACAGUAUACUUCAGAAAUGUGGAGAAAUAUUAUCAGAGACUUAUGGAGAGCAGCUUCCGCUAACAGAUAUCUCUGAAAAUGUCAGGUGGCUUGCAGAUGAGAGGAAUUCAUUAAAGGGCAUAUACCUUGAAUUUCAAAAAUUUACAGAGACCUUAUCAUCAUUUGAUUUUCCAGAAACUGUGCAAUCAAGCGCAAUUGAUGCUCGCCUUUCUUGGCUCCUGGAAUCACUUUAUCUGGCUAAAGAAGAAACUGGAAAGUUACAGGAGGAGAUGGCUGCAUCAAAAGAGGCUGCAAAUAACAAGAUUGAUCAGUUAAUGACUUCCCUUUUGAUGGAAACACAGGAAAAGAACUAUCUUCAUGGGAAGUUACAGGAGGAGUUAGCUGCAGCAAGAGAGGCUGCAAAUAGUGUGAUUGAAAGCUUAACCACAUCACUUUUAGUGGAAACACAGGAAAAAAGCUAUUUUCAGGAAGAACUGGGCAAUUUAACACAUGACUAUGAAGAGAUUGUCCAGAAAGAGCAUUACAUGUCACUUGAGAAGGAUCGUUUUGUCAAUAUGCUGCUAGUGGCAGCUGGGAUCAAAUUAGAUGAUCUAGAAUUGGUCUGCCAUCAGCAGUCUGACACAUCUGUAAUCAUUGAGAAAUGCCUAGCUAAGAUAAAAGAGGAGGGUCAUUCCUUUCGAUCUUCUCAUAUUGAAUUGGAAUCUUUUCAAAAACUCCAAAGUGCUUUGUAUACUAGGGAUCUAGAGUUGAAAAUGUAUGAGCCAAUUCUUGCUGAAGAGAUGCUGAAUAAAACAGAAUUGAAACAUAUGUCAAGUGAGUUGGUGGUGGCCACUAAAGAACUUAAUGCAGUGAAAGAAGAAAGGAAUUCUUUGCAAAAGAAUCUUGAACAAUAUGAGGAGAAAGUGGCCUUGCUUAAGGAAAAGUUGUCUAUGGCAGUUAAAAAGGGCAAGGGAAUUGUUCAAGAGCGGGAAAACCUGAAAAGAACAUUGGAUGAUAAAAAUGCUGAGAUUGAGAGACUAAGAUCAGAACUCCAGCAGCAACUGUCUAUUUACAGGGACUGCAAAGACCAGAUUGAUAAAUUAUCAGCUGAUGUGGACCUCUUUCCUAAACUAGAGGCUGAUCUUGUUUCUAUCAAGGACCAGAGGGAUCAACUAGAACACUUUUUAGUUGAGAGCAAUAGCAUACUACAAAAAGUGAUGGAAACAAUAGAUUCUAUUGGUCUUCCAGCUGUUUCAGAUUUUGAAGGGCCUAUGGAGAAGGUCAAAUCUCUUGUUGGCUGCUUUGGAGAAUCCGAGAAGGCAAAGAUAGAGGCAGAACAAGAGUUGGCAACGGUGAAAGAUGAAGCCAAUACUUUACUCAGCAAGCUAUUCGAGGCCCAGACAACCAUAAAAUCAUUGCAAGAUUCCUUAUCUGUUGCAGAAAUCAGUAUCUCUCAGCUUCAAGAAGAGAAGAAAGAACAGGAGUCCUCUAAGAUCUUAGUUGAAGAGGAAUUACAAAGAACAAUAGAUGCCUUGUCCAUUACAGAGAGCAGUAUAUCUCAGCUUCAAAAAGACAAAAAUGAACUAGAAUCUGCAAGGAUCUUACUUGAACAGGAAUUACAGAAAGUAGUAGGUGAAGCUUCUACUCAAACAAGUCAGUUUGCUGAGGUCUGUGCAAGCCAAAAAUCACUUGAAGAUGCAUUAUCAUUGGCAGAGAACAACAUCUUGGUACUCAAGAAUGAGAAAGAAGAGGCUUUACUUAGUAGAGACGCCACUCAAAAGGAAUUGCAGAAACUAAAGGAAGAAUAUUCUGUUGAUAAAGGUAAACUUUCUGAGGCUAAUGACACUAUUCGUUCCUUUGAAGAUGCAUUGGGUCGGGCAAGAGAAAACAUUUCCCUUGUUACUGAGGAAAACAGCAAGACACAAAUUGGUAUUACUCAUUUGGAGAAUGAGAUAAGGAAUCUCAAAGAGGAGGUUGAAUCAAAAAAUAGCAAGCUUGCUGAUGCCUCAAUUACUAUAAAAUCACUAAAGGAUGCAUUGCUAAGUGCAGAGACCGAAGUUUCUGAUCUUGUUAAUGAAAAGAAAAAUGCUGAACAGGAGAUUUCUGAGCUCAAUGUCAAAUUGAGUAACUGCUUGCAAGAGUUGGCUGGAUCCCGUGGGAGCAUAGAGACGAAAGAUCUGGAAUUGUUAGGUCAUGUCAAGAGUCUUCAGUUGCUUCUGAAAGAUGAGAAUUUACUUUAUGUAGCAUGGCGAAGUUUUGAGAAAAAGUUUGAGAGCCUUAAAGAAUUCAAUGUUCAUCUUAAAGAAAUUGAAGACUGGUUUCCUGAAGUGCAUUUCAAAAUGUUGCAAGGUCAUUCUCUCUUAAAGGAUGAUUCUUCAAUGACAACAGCCUUGCUAACUGGCCUUGACGAUGUUCCAGAUAUAGAAAUGGCUAAUGGUGAGCUGAAUGCAUUGGAUGAUGAGAGCAUCAAAUUCCAAAUCUCAAAAACUGUGAAAGCAUUCCAUCAUAGGAACAAAAUACUCACUGAAAGGUUUGAAGGAUACUCUACAUUGAUUGGUGAUUUGAUCACACUUGUUCAAAAGCUCAUAACAUCUCUGAAGCAAAAGACGGAAGAUAUGGACACAGAUCGACAAGCACUGGACAAUAAAAUUGACAUGAUGGAAGGGAAUCUUAAGGUGUUGUUUUCUGCUUGUAUUGAUGCAACUCGAGAACUGAAUUUAGGGCUGCAGAAUGAUUUUUCGGAAGCGAGCUCGAACUUUUAUCUAGAAAAAUUGGAUGACUCAAUGAUAUCAGAUAAUUUUGGUGAUGAUGAUUCUGCACGGCUUCCUGUAUUUGAUCACAGCAACUUUGAAAAGGCUGCUGAAAAGCUGCUAGUUGCUGCUAGACUUUGUCAAAAUCUGAAGAAACAGUUUCAAGAUGCAAAUAAUGAGAUGGUUGAAACAACCAAAGACUUGCAGAACAAAUUGAAAGAAACCAGUAUUGCUUGUGAAGGAGCUUUGGAAGAAAGGGAGUUAAACAGGAACAGGAUCUCCCAGCUGGAAAAUGAUCUAGACAAUGCACAAAAAUUGUGCAGCGAGUUGAGGCUUAAAUUAGAAGAUCAUCAGGCAAGAGAGGAUCGCUUGAAGGAGACAGAAGCAGAACUUUCAGCUCUUAAAAGUAUGGUUUCGUCAAGAGCACGGGAGGCUGAAGACUAUCUCCUGUCAGCAUCUCAAAUGAAGUCCCUCUUUGAAAAGGUAAAUAAGAUUGAGAUGCCAUUAGGGGGUGCUGAAGUGGGGAAUCAGGAGAUUCAUGAAUCAGAUGAUUUGAGAAAACUCUUUUAUGUGAUUGACAGUUUUACUGGAUUGCAAAACCAGUUAGACUUGUUGUCUCAUGACAAGAAAGAGUUACAGUCAACUCUUGGAAAGCAAAACUUUGAAAUUGAACAUCUGAAUGAAGAAAUGAAGAAAGUCAAAACUUAUGAGAAAGACUGUAAAAAGAUGAAGGAUGAGUUGUUAGAACUCACAAGAGGUUUGGAAAAUGUUAUUCAGAAGUUGGGAGGAAAUAAUUUGGUUGGGGCUCAAAAAGUAGCUGGUGUUUCAGGAUUAUUACCAAUACUUGAAAAGCUGGUCGUGGCCUUAAUAUUUGAAUCGGAAAAUUUAAAAUCCGAAAAAGAGAAACUUGGUGCACAAUUGCUGGAGAUGCAAAAGGUUGUUGAUGAGUUAUCCGGCAAGGUUAAGUCUCUUGAAGGUUCUAAUCAAGUCGAGGUUAUCCCAGGGGAGAUCAACCAGAAAAGAGAUGUGUUUGAAGUGGCUUCCUUGCCUUCUGAGUCUGAGAUUUCUGAAAUUCAAGACAUGGGCCCAACCAGUAAUAAUAGCGCAUCUACUUCUGUCCCUUCAGCUGCUCACGCUCGAACUCUGAGAAAGGGUUCUACAGACCACCUUGCACUUACUAUUGAUUCUGGAUCUGAGAGAUUAUUAAAUGAUGAUGAAGCCAAUGAAGACAAAGGUCAUUUGUUCAAAUCCCUUGUUACAACUGGUCUUGUUCCAAGACAAGGGAGAAUGCUUGCUGACCGGAUUGAUGGAAUUUGGGUAUCGUCUAGCCGAGCACUGAUGAGUCGUCCACAAGCAAGGAUAGGUCUCGUUGUUUAUUCCUUGUUGCUACAUAUUUGGCUGUUGGGCGCCAUAUUGUGAUGUGCUGGUGAUUGAUCUUCCAGUAAAACAUUAGAUCUCUACUCUCCGUUGAUGAUUAUUUUUUACUUUGUAGUUGUAGCAAUAGAGUGCCUGUCAAGCCUAUCAUUCUUUUACACUAUUCCAUAGCAGUCCAAAGUGCCUGAAAUGUAAAUGGUAUAUAUGUUUUUUUUUUCUUCCUUGUAGUACACAUUUACAGAGAAUGGAGAUUGACCUUGAGACCCUCUUUUUUAUACAGUCUCAAGUCUACCUCAUUGGACAAUGAGGUCGUUAACAAAUAAUAUAUGCAAACACAUUUUAGGAA